AUGGAAGCGGGCCACAUCAAAGGGAUCCUGAGGGUCCGGCCCAACGUGCAGGACAUACCCACGGACCGCCUGACGGUGGUGGAUUCCGGGGAGGGCGCCACGGUGCUCGUGAGGAAGCGCGGAGGCAGCACCGGCGACCUGCUCAAGUUCAAUUUCUGGAGGGCUCUGGAGGGUGCAACUCAGGAAGAGACAUACAAGACGGUUGGGGCCCCACUUGUGAAUGCUGCAUUGGAGGGCUACAAUGCAACGAUCCUUGCAUAUGGGCAAACAGGCUCUGGGAAGACAUACACCAUGUUGGGUCCUGAGGACUACAACAUAGGUGACCCUGACUUCAAGGGGAUAAUGCCACGAGCACUGGACCAUGUGUUUGGGGAACUCCGGCGAGGCAAAUUUGUGACUUGGACGGUGAAAUUGACAUACAUAGAAAUCUACAACGAAAGCUUCAGGGAUUUGCUGGAGCCACGUGCAACGGACAUUUCAUUGGCAGACUCUAAUCCCAGGGGCAAUGGGACGAUCUCACUGCGUGGGGUCCAGCACGUGGAAAUUCAGUCAGUGACUGAGGCCCUGCACUACUUGCGCAAGGGCCAAGUCGGGCGGCAUGUGGGCUCGCACACAAUGAAUGACCGAUCCUCACGCUCUCACACAGUCUUGACUUUGUGGCUGGAUACAACUGACGAUCGCAAUGUCAACCUUAAGUCGAAGUUGAACCUGAUCGAUCUUGCUGGCUCAGAGCGCAUCUGGAAGACAGGUGCUGUGGGUCAUGUUGCAAGGGAGGCUUCGUACAUCAACAAAUCGCUGACGUCACUGGCUAUGGUCGUGAACGAGCUGAAGAAGAAAAUGCCGCAUGUCAGCUACAGGAACUCCAAACUGACACAUUUUCUCAAGGACUCCCUUGGCGGGAACUGCAAGACCCUGUUGAUCGCCAAUGUCUGGGGGGAUGAAAGGUACAUGGACGAGACUGUUGCCACCUGCCGCUUUGCAGACGAGAUUCAAAAGGUGGAGGUCCAUGCGGCCAAGAACAACGGCAUCGAGUGCAUACAGGGCCAUCUUUUCAGGCUGGAUGCCCCGAUCCUCAAAUACAUCGACCAGGUCACGGCGCGGCGCGUGGCCCAAGAGAAGGCAAAGCUGAUAAGGGAGUUGAAGAGGAGGGGCCACCUGGCAUUGCGGGGGAUGGAAGACCUUGGAGAGUUGGAGUUGGGCGAGGACGACUGCGAGGAGCUGGAAACGCUCAGGGCCCGAGUGAAGGAGCUGGAGGCCAUUCAAGCGAUGCUCAAUGUCGAAGGGGAGCGACAACCAGGCAAUUGGGACAACGACCUCAAUGUCAAGGAGACAGAACAACUCAGGAUGAGGGUCCGGGAGCUCGAGCUUGAACGAGAGCGGGUGGGGCUAGAACGCAAACGGGAUGCACAGCGUGAUGCUGUACUGACUGAACGAGGAAUGUCUCUCAUGGCUGAGAUGGAAUCUCUGAGGCAGAGAGUCAAGGAACUGCAGGAGGCUCGUUCGCUCUCCACAGAGGAAGUAGAAGAGCUGCUGAAGGUGCGCCAGAGGGUGCUCGACAUUGCCAGUGCCACGCCAGGCGCCCUAGGCCUCGACGGCUUGGAUGGCUCUGACAAGCUGCUGCUUGAUCCUGCGGCACGCAGAGCUGGCAUGGGCCGAUUGGCUUCUGUGUCGGAAGAGUCAGAAGCCAAUGAAACACGCUUGGCUGCUGAUGGUUCCCUUGCUGCUGGGCCGGGUAUGGAGCAAGAGGUGGAGAAGCUUCACGAGCUGCGCAAGCGGCUGAAGAAACUGCAGAAGAUGGGCAGCAUCGAUGACGACGGUCUGUUGGAGUUGCUGGAUUUGAGGGACAAGAUCCUCAAUGGCCAGUUGAAGGACGAUGAUAGUGCGAGUGGGGUCGUGGAUGGGUCUCGUUUUGUCCCGUACCGAAAGAAGCAUGGGGCAAUUGGCGCUGGGACAAUGACAACGAUGCCUGAUGAAGAUGGCGAUGCGAUGUCAGUUGCUUCAAGAAGCCCUGAGAAUGGGUACCAGAGAAUGGAGAUGACUCGAAGCCUGAGCACUGAAAGGGAGAUCCAGAUGCUGCGUGCUGAAAAUGAGCACAUGCGGAAUGCCCUGGAGUCUUAUGCGGAGCUUCCGCCCUUCAGUUCAAGCGCGGUUGCCAAUGGAUUUGAGCAUGCCUACAUGGAGACCAUGGGACCAGAUGCAUCCAUCUCAUACACCCACGACCAAGAUGUCUGGCCUCUGCAACAACGGACCGGAGAAUCCGCUACCAGUGCUGGCAGGCUGAAGUCGAGGCUUGGCCGGAGGCUGAGCAAGGCGUUCACAUGGCGAAAGCGGGACAAGCCCAACAAAUUUUUGAUGGACUACCAGACGAAUGAGGACGAGGACGUCCCCAACAUUGUCAUCCUCAAUUCGUUGACACAUGACCAGCUUCUGGAACUGCUGAAAGCCCGCAAUGCGCAGGGCAGCGAGGCAGGUGAACCCGAUGCCGAGACCGGAAGCCAAUAUGGAAGGCCGCAGUCGGUGAGGAGCAUGGCAUCUUCUGGCAUGGACACGUCCACGACCAUUGGGAUGGACGCCAGGGAGGCCGAGCACGAGGGCUCCAUCAGGGACCUGGAAGUCGUCUAA